AUGGUACAGGAGCAACUAUCCGAGGAGCAAGUACAAGGUAUGAUUUACAUGUCAUUCUUAAGAAAGAAAGAAGCCUCUAAAAGGCUCCUUUUCAACGGCAGAUUUCCAUAAUACUGUGCUAGCAAUGGAAACGUAGCUCCAUAGACUUGGCUCAGUCAAUGCCGACCUUUUCUCUGAAUAGGGUGUAACUAUGCUGAAACAAAUGAUUUGGCCACUUACAUACAACUCAGCACAUGUUGGUUCUACGAACGAGCUGUGCGUCACAACAACAUGUCUUCGUGUGUGAAGAGAGUAUGAUAGGGUGAAUUCUGCGUGAUCGUUUUAAUUCCUGCUUUUGCCUCUCUGCACUUGAGCUAUUUUCAAAGGAGUAUCGAAAGAAAUACGAAAUUUCACUGGUUUUCCUUUCAUUCACUCUGUGAUUGGCCCAGAAAACUCGCACCGCCCACUCAACCAGAUACAAAAGUAAAAACCAUGCUCAAUCAAAAUUAGGUCACCCGCAUUUCCCAGCACUUUGGGCAGUUUUGUUGUUUUUAACUUGAUUCCUCAUUGGCUAUUUAAGGUAUUUUCCUUUCUUCUGAUUGGAUGUCGCGAUUACUUUAGUUUUUGUUUUACGAUACUCAAUCGAAAAUCGCAAUAAAUCUUAUCUGAGGAGGCCUGAAAAUAAAUGAUGGAUGUUUGUCUCCAUUGAGAGUACCUCAACAAGUACUGAUACUAUAUCAUAUUUCUUUAGAAUACAAAGACGCCUUUUGUUUGUUUGAUCGCGACAGCAAUGGCUACAUCACCACAAGAGAACUUGGUUCAGUGAUGAGAUCCUUAGGCUUUAAUCCAACUGACAACGAGCUACAAAUCAUGAUCAACUCGGUUGAUUACGAUGGUGAGUGUUUCUUAGGGGAGAGGGGUAGUUAAGAGAAUGAUCGGGAUUUCGUCGGAGCUGCGACGAAAGGCGAACGAAAGGGAGAGGGGUAGUGAAGAGGAUGAUCGGUAUUUUAUCGGAGCUUCGACGAAAGACGAACAGUUUGAAAAGUAAUAAUAAUAAUAAUAAUCAUCAUCAUCAUUAUCAUCAUUAUCACAGUAUUUAUACAGGAGGUCGCCUCACCCACAAGUGGUUUUUCAGGCGAGUCCUGUUUUUAAAAUUAAAAACUAAAAUCUAAAAACUAAAAACAAAGAAUAACAUUUACACUAAACUUAACAAAAUAGAGUUAGAAACUGCAGAUUUUCUUAAAUUGCACUAACUUAAUAAAAGAGCUAAAAACUGCAAAGUAUCUGAAAUUAAGGUAAAAAUUGUGAGAUAGCGUUUUUAAAACUGUUAACAGUUUCAUUGUUUCUGGCUUCUACUGGAAUUUCAUUCCAUUCCUCAAAAAAAACAAAAAGGAAGAGCAUAACUGACCUUCACUGCUACGAGAUCUGUCAAUUCUCAGGUUGCUGACAUGGCAAGUUUGAUAAUUAUGAAUUGAGGAGCCAGUGUUAAAAUGUUAAUUAUGAUCUAAAAAUCCUUUAAGGCGUUUAAAAGCAUAAACGAGCUUAUGAAUGCGUCGUCUAACACAAAGAUUGCUCUAUCGAAAAUCGAUAAACGCUUGAGUUGAUGAAGACUAGACAAUUUGACUCCCUUGUCAACGUCUUUCAGGUCUAUCUUCAAGAAGCGCAGGCUCAUUUGAUGAUGGUCAUCAUUGCUAAUUUAUUGGAAAUUAGUACAGGUGGAUUAUUUCUCAGCUUGAAAUUGGCCGUUUUUGUGCUAGAGACGUUAAAAUUGUCUAAGACGUUAAAGUCGUCUCGAGACGACUUUAACGUCUUAGACAACAUUAACGUCUCUAGCAUAAAAACGGUCAUUAAAGCGAUGAGUGACUUCUUAUGUGAUUCCAUUUGAAGUUGACGAGAAGUUAAAAAACCUCACGUUUGGCUAAAUUUUUUAUCUUCAAAUAAUUCUAGAAAUGAAUUGAUAAUUAAUGUGCCGCUUAAUUUGCCAUAAGGUUAAGGAUCAGUUAAGGAGAAUAUUUUCUUUUCCGUUCCAGUUAUUUCUAUCUCCAUACGCUUGCAGAGUUCCUCCAUGUGCGUCAUCUGUUCCUUUAAUUUUUGACCUUUUUGCGGCGCUCUUGGCAUGGUAAAUGCCAUUAACUUCCCACGCACAACCAGACCAUUCUCUAUCCUUUGGGUAACAGUUAUUCCUACGAUCGUGCAUUUUCGUCAUACCUCUUGGCUUCUUCGUUGUCAUCUUAUUAAGAAAAUAAGUCUUUCCUCUUUUGUUUAAACAAACAAAACAUGUUGAUAUUGACUUUACUUCUUCGUGGAUAAUGUUGUAGUUUUUGUUUUUCUAUUUAGGAUGUAGCCAAAAUAAAGUCACAGUUCGCUGAAAGGAAAAAUUGAUAAGCGCCUCCCUCCCUUAAGCGCUCUCCUUCAAAUUACCGCCCCCUCUCCCACACCCCCACCUUUUUAGUCGAAAUUUUAAAUAAGCGCCCGUGCACUUUCCUCGUUUGUUUCCCAUGAUAAAACUUAUUGCGACGGCAAAGGUAACCUGUGAUGGUUGAGCCAAAAGUGUGGUGGGUAAACACUCGCCUCUGAAUAUUUACCCGCUUUUGUUUGAGAUCAGCAAUAAUUACGAUAAUUGUCAACGUGUUCGAUUUUUGUUUGUGCGAGCGCAAAAAUAUCAAAGUAGGUAUGAUAUACCAAGCUGGUUAAUGGCGCGUUUCGCACGCGCUGAUUGGCUGGUUCUGAGUACCUGUCCACCUCCAAGCAGCCGAAAAGAAAAAAUCACGCGUCAACAAUUCAAUUUCCGAUCAGUCUUUUUUGGUUUAUCGACAGAAAUAAACUAUUAUUUUUCGGUUUCUAUGCAAUAUUUACUAAAAUAAUAAUUCAACUCAGAGUCGGUGAAUAAUUGUCAAAUAUACCGGAAAACUGGGUUUAGAAAACACUGAAAAGCCACACCAUUCGCAUGUGCCCUGAAAACUUGACAAUAGCCGGCGUUCGAAAGAUCACGUUUUUCGAUUUCAGAUUUGAAUUGUAAAUCAAAUACAACGCUUUUAAUUUGGCACCGAUCUUAUUUGAGCAGCUAGGUUAAAAGAAUAUGCAAAUGCGAAACUGUGUCAUCCUACAAGCUAGGAAAUAUUCCAACUUUAAUGAAGCAUGUAUUGAAAAAUUCGGGGAUAAUUGUAUUAAUAGAAAAUCUAUGUGAGAAUACACGAUCUUACCUCACAAAGCACUGACAGUUUGUUCAAUAUUUUACAGAUCAACGGUAAUAAAACUGACUGAAAUGGAUUUCAUUUACUCUACUUAAAAAUUUUCACUGGUUUGCUUUAUUGCCGUUCAGCUAAAAUAUUUCGCCCCUUCUUUGUGUUGUUAGCUUUAAAUAAAAAUCGAUAUAUAGAAAUCAGGACGGAAAAGACAGGUAAGUCUUUAACGAAAUUGUGGUGCUGCGGGGGUUUACAAAAAAAUUUGAUUUCAUCAACCUACCGUAAAGAGUUUCUAAAGUUGACGUUACGAGCGUUAGCCCUUAAUCUUCAGAGCAAAAAAGGCUUUUGAGCAAAAAUGCACGUUAUGUUCUUGAACAAGUAAAUAUUUUAUUCUGUUAAUCUUAUCUUUGGAAGAGAUCUCGAUACGAUACCCUCUUUAAUUACAUCCAUGUGAUACUUUCGUUUAACGUUCUGUAAUUGAUUCAUAAUUAUAAUAACUGUGAAUCCUACAAUUUAUUCGAAUGCAGUACGACUCAACACAACGGCAUGGUCUCAGGUGCAAACUUCCGAGAUUGAGGACGUAUCUUACAUGAUAUUGGAGGAAAAUAAAAAACAAUUUUACUUUUUUCUAUAAACGACAAACGCAAGAUAACAAUGGACUCAUUAAGUAUGGAUGCGUUUCGGUUGAGUAAAGAAACCAGGGAUACAAAAUUUCAAAAUCGCCUCGACGAAAUUUUUAAAGAUAAGUCAUUUGCUAAAUGGUCAUGAACCAUGAACUAUGUUUAAUUUUUCAUCUUUAAUAUAAUUUUAUCUCAUUGCUAAAUACAUCUUUAUUACUUUUGUUUUUUCGUUAUGUAAGAGCAAGCUUACUCGAUACGAUUGCCUCUUGCGCUCUGAUUACGUUAUGAGGCCAUUUUCUGGGGAACAUAAAAUUUGUAAACAUGUCGUAGAGUUACACUGGAGACAGACAGGCAAAAUAAAACUUUUAGUGUCAAUGAAAAUUGAACGCUGCAAAGCGCUGUUUCUUUAUAUAAUAGAGAGUUUAAGAUGUUACCACAGCGCCGUGUGGGAUAAAGUUGUCAAAAAGCGAUGUUUCCUUUCCCCUAUGAAUUUCACUAGUAGCUCACAUCUACCGUUUCCAACGGUGCGACAUCUACCCUUCGGCAUAGCACGUCAGCGUAGCGUUGAGUUUAAAAUAAAAAGGUGAGAAAAUUGCUGUCGAGGUUUACUCGCUUAGAGGGCGUAAAAGUUGAUGAUUUCACGUUUUUGUUUUGUUUCGGACGCCGAAGAAAAAUGAAGAAGUUUUAAAACAUGAGAUCUUCUGUGCCUUCAAUGACUUGGUUUUCUUAAAGUCCCUAUUUCUAAGAACUUGACACUAGUUAUUGACAAGUCAAGUGACGCGUUGUUGAAAUUCUUACGUAAAAGGAUGACUGGGGGCGUGCAAUAUUUGUACAAGUGUGUUAACGCCUACGGGAAAUAACCUGUUACGAGCAUAAAACGAGUGGGGUUUGAUCAAACUUAGCCAUAACACGAGAAAACUUGUAAAUCUAAGCCGCAGAGCGGUCUUACAUGGUUUGAAGGCAUUUCAAAAGAUUGACAGUAAGUUACAUUCAUUUCUGACAUUGGAAACAUAUGUUUAAUGCAUGUUGCGGCAGCAUUUCAAAAAGUUAGGAGGAAAAAAACUGAAAAGGAAGCAACCUUUUUUUUCAUCUCUUUACUUUAACAAAACUUUGUAGGCGUCAAAUGUUGCUAGAAAAAAGGGUAGAAUAAGAAUAGGUAGAAAAAAUUAAUCUACCUCAUAUUUGUCGAGGAGUCACCAUUCCAUGAAGUUAAAUGAGCAAAAUGGUGUCAUCCAUUUUUUCACAGCAUAAAUUGAAAGAGAAAACUCUUGAAUAUUUCAGAAAUUUCGUAGAAAAUAGAUUUAUGGAUGCGUAAGGAAAUUCUUGCUACUACCACAUGAAAAAGUGAACCAUUUUCUUUUAAUGAAGGAAACGUGCAUAAAAUUGAAACACGAAAAUACUGACCUCGUCAAACGGAAUGUGUGAGGGUUGGCUGACAAAAUUAAUGUUUCAACCGAACAGAAAUAUUAACGACUUCUGUAUUCUUCUAACAAAGGAAACGGUGUGAUCGACUUUCCAGAGUUUGUAAAAUUGAUGGAAGAUCAAAAGAAACCCGAUGAGCGAGAGGCGGACAUGAUGAUAGCGUUUCGAGUUUUCGACGCCGACAAUAAGGGAUACAUUGAAUCAGCGGAGUUACGCUAUAUAUUAUUAAAUAUGGACAAAAGAAUCCCAAGAGAGGAACUUCAUGAGAUGAUUGUCAGUGCCAAACUGGAUGAAGACAAAAGAGUAACAUACCAAGGUGAGUUUAGAGUGGAUUUAUGUCCAUAGUUUGCGACUUGAUUAAAAACUAACAGUUGGCUGGCUGGCUGGUUGCCAGCCUGACGCCUGACGAGGUGACCGAUAAAGUUACUCAUUCUCUGUUCGAAUGGCCCUCUUCUUUACAAGCUCGCUGACUAACCGAUGAACUGAUUCACUUACUGAGUGACCGAUAACAAGUACGACGUACUUUCCUUGUGAAUAAUUGGCUUGUAAAACAAUGCUACAUUGAAUUAUCACCAACCUAGGAGGCUUUGAUUGUUAAACGGAUUCCUCUUGUCAAUAUUGAAGAAACGCAUAGGGAACGUUAUAGGAAGUAUGCAUACUGAUUAAUGAUGUCAAGGGUUAAUGGAGAGAGUUAAUCAGAAAACACUUACAUUACUUUCUACAGAAUUCCUUGCCCUUCUUGAACCACAUGGUGAGACAUAAAAUCAGCUCCUAGCGGUUAACGCCUGUGACGCUGAACAUACAAACGACAACAUCAUAGUGUGUCUGCUGAAAGUAUACCUUGAGCGACCACA